CCCCAGGAACGCCGCACCAACUCAGGGCGCUGCGGGACCCUCCACCCGGGACGCCCGCCCCUCCCCGGGCCUCUGCUCGCUUGCCCGCCGGCGAGUCCGUUCCCCUCGUCGGCCUCUCAGAUCGGGGAAGUAGGGCGAGCUGAGAGCAGGCCCGGGGAGGGUGGUGACCACCGCGGAAGAACUGUGGCUGUCAAGAUGAUAGAGGUACUGACAACUGACUCUCAGAAACUGCUGCACCAGCUGAACACCCUGUUGGAACAGGAGUCUAGAUGUCAGCCAAAGGUCUGUGGCUUGAAACUAAUUGAGUCUGCACAUGAUAAUGGCCUCAGAAUGACUGCAAGACUCAGGGACUUUGAAGUAAAAGAUCUACUCAGUCUAACUCAGUUCUUUGGCUUCGACACGGAGACGUUUUCCCUAGCUGUGAAUUUACUGGACAGAUUCUUGUCUAAAAUGAAGGUACAGGCGAAGCAUCUUGGGUGUGUCGGACUGAGCUGCUUUUAUUUGGCUGUAAAAUCGAUAGAAGAGGAAAGGAAUGUCCCAUUGGCAACUGAUUUGAUCCGAAUAAGCCAGUAUAGGUUUACGGUUUCAGACUUGAUGAGAAUGGAAAAGAUUGUGUUGGAGAAAGUAUGUUGGAAAGUCAAAGCUACUACUGCCUUUCAAUUUCUGCAACUGUAUUACUCACUCAUUCAAGAGAGCUUGCCAUUUGAAAGGAAAAACGAUCUUAAUUUUGAAAGACUAGAAGCCCAACUUAAGGCAUGCCACUGCAGGAUCAUAUUUUCUAAGGCAAAGCCUUCUGUGUUGGCAUUGUCUAUCAUUGCUUUGGAGAUCCAAGCACUGAAGUAUGUAGAGUUAACAGAAGGAAUCGAAUGUAUUCAGAAACAUUCCAAGAUAAAUGGCAGAGAUUUGACCUUCUGGCAAGAGCUUGUAUCCAAGUGUUUAACUGAGUAUUCAUCAAACAAGUGUUCCAAACCAAAUGUUCAGAAGUUGAAAUGGAUUGUGUCUGGGCGCACCGCACGGCAACUGAAGCAUAGUUAUUACAGAAUAACUCACCUCCCAACAAUUCCUGAAACGGUUUCUUAGUUGGCACAUCUGGUUGUUAUUCUCUGUGUACAGAAAAUUUUCUAGUGUGGUAAUUUUCUUCUACAACUGAAGAACUGAAAUACAAUCUUCAGUAUAAACAGUAUGGGAUUGAAACGGUAAAGGGAAAGGUGACUUUGUUGAUCUAGUUAGUGAAUAUUGGAAGCCAUUUCCUGUGAACAGCGCACAGCAGUCUCCAGAGAAAGGACUUAGCAAACCCCUAAAUACAUGUUAACACUUUCUUAGUCAAAUUAUUAGCUUAGGAAAAGAGAAUCCUCCAAACUGAAAAUUUAAAAGUAGCUAAUGAGGCUGGAUUUAAAAGUAGUUAAUGAGGCUGGGCAAUAAUGGCGCAUGCCUUUGAUCCCAGCGCUUAGGAGGCAGAGGCAGGCAGAUCUUUGAGGUCAAGGCCAGCCUGAUGUACAGAGCUAGUCCAGGACAGCUAGGGUUGUUACAUAGAGAAGCCCUGUCUCAAAAAACAAAACAAACAAACAAAGUAGUUAAUGAAAUAGUAUUUCUUUAAAUUACUUAUCACAUCACUGUAGCUUAUUUAAAGUUACAUAAGCCCAAGCAGAAGGACGAAACAAAAAGUUUGAUCCAUAUUUAUGCACAUGGGUGAUAUACUUACAAAGUAAUGUAGGUGGAAUGUAAAAAAUAAAUUAA